GCUCAUGCCCAAAUAAGUGGGUCAAAUCCAAAAAAUUAACUUAACUCUCACAUUGAUUUCCGAAUUUGGGGUGACCUUAUACAGACAGAGAGUGAGCAAUAGUUAUUGUUCCUCUGAAUCUACAUCUCUAACGAUUUAUCUCUCUCUUUUCAUUUCUCAUCAUAUAAUGGGGUUGUCUUUUGGCAAGGUUUUCUCUCGCCUCUUUGCUAAGAAAGAGAUGCGAAUUCUUAUGGUUGGUCUUGAUGCCGCUGGUAAAACCACAAUAUUGUAUAAACUCAAGUUAGGGGAGAUUGUUACCACCAUUCCAACUAUUGGAUUUAACGUGGAAACUGUGGAGUAUAAGAACAUUAGCUUCACUGUGUGGGAUGUUGGUGGUCAGGAUAAGAUUCGACCAUUGUGGAGACACUACUUCCAAAACACACAAGGGCUUAUUUUUGUGGUGGACAGCAAUGAUCGUGAUCGAGUUGUUGAGGCUAGAGAUGAGUUGCACAGGAUGCUGAAUGAGGAUGAAUUAAGAGAUGCUGUAUUGCUUGUUUUUGCAAACAAACAAGAUCUUCCUAAUGCAAUGAAUGCUGCUGAAAUAACUGAUAGGCUUGGUCUAAACUCUCUGCGACAGCGCCACUGGUAUAUCCAAAGUACAUGUGCUACUUCUGGUGAAGGUUUAUACGAGGGACUAGACUGGCUUUCAAAUAACAUUUCAAGCAACAAGGUUUCCCUUAAAAAAUAAAAUUGUUUUGGUCUACAACAAGGUUCCAUGUUGCAGUUACAUUUCUCCCCUCCUAGUUGCUGCUUUUUAUCAUGUUUGCUCUCUUCCUUUCAGGGACGCUAGAGAUAUCAUUGGAUGCUGAUACUUUUUCCGGAAUGUGAUGGCAACACACUUUCUGAUAAAUUGUUGGCAUCAAUGCUGUUGUGUUGUAGUUUUUAUGAUCACUCCUUUUAUAUUGUUUUCACAAUUAUUCUUUUGUCUUGUUUAAUUGGGUUUUAAUUCAAAUAAAUACUAUUUAUGUA